AUGCCUCGACCUCUGACUACAGCUGAAGCUACUCUCAUAGCAACGGCAACAGCAACAAUCGAUGCCGUACCCCGCUUCCCAUCCGGCGAAAAAGGCAUGGAUCACACAGUAGGAUGCGCAGCGCUGUCGACAGCCGGCCGUGUCUUCACAGGUGUCAAUGUCUAUCACUUCUCCGGCGGACCUUGUGCCGAGAAUGUCGCCUUCGGCAAUGCAGCAGCCGCCGGUGUUGGCUCGGCCUCCUCCCCGGGUCUCGAAGGGCCCGAUGGGAAGAUGGAGACGAUGGCUGCCUGCGUAGCUGUCGCAAAUGAUGACCGAGGGGUGAUUAGUCCGUGUGGAAGAUGUAGACAAAUGAUGCUCGAUUACUAUCCAGGAAUCAGAGUGAUUGUUCGGGAUCCAGCGGGCGAGUUCGUCACAGUCGACAUGGAUGAGUUGCUACCGUACGCCUAUGUGAUUACAAAGGAACCUACUAUGGAUGAGGGAAGUUUGGAAAUCAAGAAACAAGCACUCGAUUUAGAUCAUAAAUAG